AUGCAUCGUCUUUUUGCCGAGCUGGAGCCAUCUUUAACCGUCACAGAGCAAAACCUGGCAGACCGAGUUCGGUAUAUCUUGCGCUCAAAUAUAUUUGAUGUCGCCGAACUCGAACGGCUACGACGUGAGGCUGUUCCCUCGUCGGAUGAGAAUGCUACGGCUGAGGAUGCGGCGCCACAAAUGGUAGAGCAACCCGCAAACGUGGAUGCCGCCGUGAAUACCCCAGUUGUGGUUGAUUCAAACGAUGAUGGAACAGUCGCCCAGGAACUGGAAUUAGAGCAUAUGAGGAGUACAUUGGAAGAGGCGAUUGUGGAAACGCGCAGUACGCCUCUCGAAAAUCGACCGCGACUUCCCCGCAUAGCCCUAAGCAAGCGGAAUCGGGCUGUCGUGAAGGCUCUGAACCCAAUGCUGGUGACCUAUUUGGAAGCCAGAAGGGACCUUUGCGAGACGGACUCAAUUCUUUUUGGCGCCGCGCUGGCAGUCUGCCGUAUCAUAGGCGCCAAGGUUUCCGCGGCUGGACGCGCUGCUGGCCAUAGUAGCGCUAUCCCAGCAUGGAGAAGAAGAAUUGAGGAACGUAUCGCAAAGGCUAGAGCUCUCAUCGGCAGACUGAUAUGCUUCAGAUCAGGCAACAACAGGCCAAGAAUUGUGCGCACCGUCAGGAUGGCGUUUGCUGGGACAAAUGUCAGUUUGUCCCAGCUGGAUAUAACGCAAAAACUAACGGAGCGCAUAGAUGAUCUGAAGCAGAGAAUCGCUGCUUGGGGAAAGCGGAUUCGGCGAUAUACCGAGAGGUCGACACGGUUCAACCAGAAUCGUCUCUUCCAGAGUGAUCAGAAGAGGCUCUAUGAAUCAUUGGAGCGACCAAUGGUAAGUGGAACGGGUCGAGCACCGAAUCAGGCCGACACUGUAGCAUUCUGGCGCGGCCUGUGGUCAGAGCCCGUAAACCACAGCGAGGGCCCUUGGACGGAAGUUGUGGCGAGUCAGUGUGCGGGUAUUACGCCCAUGGACCCCGUCAUCAUAACGCCGGAUGACGUAGCUGAGGCGGUCCGUAGGGCCCCGAACUGGAAAAGUCCGGGGCUUGACGGGCUGCAUCACUACUGGCUGAAGGGGUUCAUGGAAAUCACCGAACACUUUGGCAUCGCGGACGUUGUACGAGGAUUGUGGUCGCCUUACAACUAA